AUGAAGGGGAUACCAAGCUCCGCCGAGGCCUCCAGUAGCAUACCUGAGCUGUCCCAGUCCUCGCAACGGGCUUAUGAGCCCCUUGCUCAGAAGCAACCAGCUCUGGAUCGCCCCAGGAAGGCAUCGGUACAAUCCGUGAACGGCAAUCAUGGUGGCGUGGUUGAGAGCUUUGGCAAAAUUACCGAAGUGGUCAAGGCCGCCCGUCGCCCGUUACCGACAGAGACGGGGGAUGGAACCUAUAUCGAGCCUGAAAAAGGUGGAAGUCUGUGGGGUGAUCUGCGGGCCUUGGAAAUCAAGGAUGGGUAUACCCUGAAGGAUCUGAUUGAAAGUAAAGCCGGUGGCCUUGUGAAGGGCAGUGGCCAGGCGGUAGACGACAAGACGAUGCUAAUGGAGCGCAUCAUACAGCUUGUUGCAAAGUUGCCCUCGGAAUCUAGAAACCGUGUCAAACUUACGAACAUGUUUCUAGGGGAACUGUGGGACUCGCUGCCUCAUCCUCCUCUCUCAUAUGUCGGCGACAAAUAUGCUUACCGCUCAGCUGAUGGAUCCUACAAUAACCCUACCUUGCCUUGGCUAGGCGCUGCAAAUACGGAAUAUGCACGGACGAUCGAGCCAUUGAAGGUCAGACCGGCUAGUUUGCCGGAUCCCGGCUUGAUCUUUGACAGUUUAUUCGCACGAGACACAUUCAAGCCUCACCCGAACAAUGUAUCGAGCGUUUUCUUCACUUGGGCUUCUUUGAUUAUCCAUGAUAUUUUCCAAACGGGACAUCCAGACGAGAACUUCAACAAGACAUCGUCAUAUCUAGAUCUUUCCAUCCUCUACGGUGACAACCAAGAAGAUCAAAAUAUGAUGCGCGAGUUCAAGGAUGGCAAGAUCAAGCCAGAUUGCUUUUCCGAGCCACGCCUACAUGCGCUACCGGCAGCCUGCGGCGUUAUCCUCGUCAUGCUGAACAGGUUCCACAACCAUGUAGUCGAGCAGCUUGCUGCUAUCAAUGAGAAUGGUCGAUUCACCCCGCCGGCGAAAGAUGUCAUCGACCCAGCUGAAGCAAGGGCCGCCUGGACAAAGUACGAUAAUGACCUUUUCCAGACGGGUCGCCUUAUCACCUGCGGUCUGUACAUCAACAUUACUCUGUACGACUAUCUACGCACUAUCGUGAACCUGAACCGCGAUAACACCACCUGGACCCUGGACCCGCGUGCACACAUGGAACAUGACACAGUUCCCACGGCACUGGGGAACCAGUGUUCGGUAGAAUUCAAUCUAGCCUAUCGAUGGCACUCAACAAUCAGUCGAAAAGAUGAGGCGUGGACGGAACAGGCAUAUGAGAGAAUUGUCGGCAAGCCUGGACACGAAGCCACCGUGCAGGACCUGAUGGGAGGCAUGAGGAGGAUGGCUGGAAACAUCCCGAAAGACCCAUCCAAGCGCGAGUUCGCUGGGUUGAAGCGACAAUCCUCCGGCACGUUCAAGGAUGAAGAGUUAGUGGACAUCCUGACUAUGGCCAUUGACGAAGUGUCGGGUUCCUUCGGAGCGCGCAAUGUUCCUAAAGUUCUGCGCUCGGUGGAGAUCCUAGGCAUGGAGCAGGCACGCAGGUGGAAUGUUGGUUCACUAAAUGAGUUCCGGAAGUUCUUCGAUCUGAAACCCUACCAAAGCUUCGAGGAAAUCAAUUCCGACCCGGAGGUAGCAGACCAGCUACGUCAUCUAUAUGAGCAUCCAGAUUACGUCGAACUGUAUCCAGGAAUCGUUGCCGAGGAGGCUAAAGAACCAAUGAUCCCUGGUGUUGGCAUUGCUCCUGGAUACACCGUCUCCCGUGCGGUGCUGUCUGACGCAGUGGCGUUGGUUAGGGGUGACCGAUUCUACACGAAGGAAUAUAACUCAAGAAACCUCACUAACUGGGGGUACGCUGAGUCAAACUAUGACUUGGAAAUCAAUCAGGGAUGCGUGUUUUAUAAACUCGCAUUGCGGGCAUUCCCACAGUACUUCAAGCAGAACUCGAUAUACGCCCACUAUCCCAUGACAAUUCCAGGUGAAAAUCGCGAGAUCAUGAGGAGCCUUGGACGAGAAGAAGACUUCUCCUGGGACCGUCCAUCGUAUACCCCUCCCCGUACAAUGCUGUUUGACUACCCGAACGUCCGUCGCAUUCUCGAGGAUUCUUCGAAUUUCCGAGUGGUCUGGGAUGAGGCAACCGGGUACGUGUUUGGGAAGGGUGGCUAUGACUUUAUGCUAUCCGGUGACUCGCCGUUCCACUCAAAUCAGCGGCGGAUUAUGAAAGAAUCAUUGUAUCAGUCACAGUGGCAUGAGGCUGUCAAAGAGUUCUACCUUGAAAUCACCGAGCAGCUGUUGUCGGAAAAAUCAUGUAGGGUGGGCAACGUCAACCAGGUUGAUAUGAGUCGCGAUGUUGGGAAUCUCGCCCAUGUUCACUUCGCCUCCAACAUCUUUUCACUUCCUCUGAAGAGCAAGCAACACCCACACGGAGUCAUCACCGAACAUCAAAUGUUUGAUGCCAUGUCAAUCAUAUUUACCGCCAUCUUCUUCGACAUGGAUCCCUCCAAGUCAUUCCAAAUCCGCCACCUCGGUCGCCAAGCAGCAGAGAAACUUGGGCCACUCGUCGAAGCGAACGUGAAAGCUGUGAGCUCGGCCAGUUUCAUCUCCUCCCUGAUAGACGGUCUCCGCACAAAUAAAAAUGCGCUUUCCGAUUACGGAGUGCAUAUGAUACGAAGACUGCUAGACCACGGUUUGGAUGCCUCGGAGGUCACCUGGUCUCAGAUCUUGCCCACGGCCGUCGCGAUGGUGCCAAAUCAAGCCCAAGUGUUUACUCAAAUCAUCGACUACUACCUCUCCGAGGAUGGGAAGAAGCAUCUACCCGAUAUCCAACGACUUGCCAAAGAAGACACGCCCGCGAGUGAUGAGAUGCUGCUGCGCUAUGUCAUGGAGGCCAUCCGUCUGAACGGGACCUUCGGCUCCUAUAGAAAGUCCCACACUAACCUAACAGUCGAGGACCAGGGCCAAACGGUCCAGAUCAAGCCAGGAGAUAUUGUAUUCGUUAGCUUUGUCGAGGCCAACCGCGACCCUAAUGUCUUCCCAAAUCCCAAUGAAGUGCAGCUCAACCGUCCCAUGGAAUCAUAUAUCCACUAUGGUGUUGGUCCCCACACAUGUUUGGGUGGCGAAGCAAGUAAAGUUGCUCUGACGGCCAUGUUGCGUGUGGUUGGCCGAUUGAAGAAUCUUCGCCGUGCUCCAGGACCACAGGGAGAGUUGAAAAAGGUCAAACGACCCCAUGGCUUCUAUACAUAUAUGCGGGCAGAUGAGACAAGCUCUAUGCUUUCCCUAUGA